CACUUGAAGACCAAAAAUUUGCUUCGUUCGCGAAUUUAGCGCAGCAUAAUCGACAACAAAAAUGGCCAGUGCUGGUGCUAAACUAAAGACCGUGCUUUUCCUUGGAAGUGUACGCGAGAACAGACUUGGUGCACGCGUGGCUACUUUCAUGAAGUCACAACUCGAGAAACACAACUAUGAAGUGACUGUUUUUGAUCCAGAUGUAAUGGAGUUCGGUAUGUUGAAAAAACCCAUAUUCUUUUAUCCUCCCGACAGAGCAGGGGCUCCUCAAUGGCUGAUUGAUGCAGAAAAUGCGGUUAAAGAGGCCGAUUGUUAUGUGAUCGUUAGUGCCGAAUACAAUCACUGCAUCCCACCAGCCUUGAGCAACAUGAUGGAUCAUUUUGGAGGCAGCAGUUAUGCGUAUAAACCCAGUGGGAUCGUUUGCUACUCUCCAGGUAUUUAUGGUGGUAUGCGUGCUGCAAUGCAACUCCGAGCCAUGACAGGCGAAUUAGGAUGUCUCAGUGUAUCCAAUAUAUUUGGUAUUCCACAAGUGAACAAGGCAAUCGAUGAGACAGGAAAGCCCUUGGAUGACCACAUGGAAAAGGGGGCAAACAAACUUAUUUCACAGUUAGAUUGGAUGGCCCAGGCCAUGAAAGCCCGGAGGGACAGUGUUGGAAUACCAAAAUAAUCCAUUCUGUAUAGUAAAUAAUAUUGUAUAUAGAUUAUCCUAUAUGAGGUUCAGGAUAUUGGGAUUAUCUCGAGGCCAAUAUAAUAUAUCUACUACAUAAGAACUCUAUAUUUUGAUUGAUUAUAAGUCAAUUAUAACAUAACCUGACUAACUGUUCAAAGAACAUAGAUUGACCGAACAAUUUCAGCCUUUCAAGGUAUCAACAAAAUUAACAAAAUUUAAUGACUUCAUAUGGACCAUGAGACCAUUGGUUCACAUUUUAAAGUCAAUGUAUCUCAAGAAGUGUAUUGUGCAUGGACCUGAAAUUUCAGAUAUGAAUGUAAGAUAGGAGAUACUAUAUACUAUACUAAACAUGUAAAAAUAAUAAGAUCUCGUCUCUUGAGAAGCAUUUGUGCAAACUUUUCGAACGACCCUUGUAUAUGAAAUAUAAUCACAUAAUCACAUAAUAUUGCUGAUAUUUUUACACUAAUUUAGUAGUUUGAGUAUUAAAAACUACAAUUAAAAUGUUCUAUCAAAGUGUAUUAUAUUGACCACAAUUAUUUAUUUAUUAACAACCGCUUAUCUAAACCAGUAUUUAUCAUAAUUUCUUCCAUGGGC